AUCAGUUUCUAUUUGUAUCUUUAAAAAACGUUUGUGUUUCUGUUACAGGUCUGUUCCGUCAUAGAGGAGAGGUGUGGUCUUUAAUUCUUUCAGCCUGGACCUGGUUUCUAGACAGCGCACCGUCAACAUGGCUGGAGAGCUGAAAUGGAGAUACUGCUCUAGCGUCUUGGUGAUCGUCAUGGUGUUGUUGGUGAAAUGCAUCUAUGGAAGCAGGGAUGGGCAGCUCUCAGCAUACCUCAGAGAAGUUUUCCUAGAUGAAUCAGGCAUUGCGCUCAACCAGAUGGUGGUCAGCAAUGAAAGUGGAACAGACUAUGUCUACAUUGGAGGAGUCUCAACACUUUAUCAGCUUGACUUGAAUUUGGCCCUACUGCAGCAGGAGAGCACAGUUCCAAGUGAUCAAACAUCAUGUGAGAACACAGAAUGCUUGUAUGAAACCAAAAUCUUGGAGGUAGCGCCGGCGCCCAUCGGUAAACUCGUUCAAUGCGGUGGACCAGAAGGCAAAUGCGAAAUUAGGAAUUUGAUGACGAUUGCAAGAGAAUUUGGAUAUGUCAAUAUUUCGUUAGUAAAUGAGGGUAUGUCUGUAGCAGUUCUUGAAAUCACAGAGUCCCAGCCCCUAGAGAUAUUCAUAUAUGUUGCCACAUCAAUUGAUUCUAACAAUCCUGGACGUGUUCAUUCACCAAUCACACAAUUUGAAGUAAUACAGCAACUAAAUAUUUUGGUUCCAAUCAGAAUCGAAAACAUUAGAGAAAUAGCAGCAAUCGAUUCUACAGUGGAAUAUAUUCAAGCAAUUCCGUGGACGAUUUACAACUUCUUCAUUGUACACAGUGGAUCAGAGCAUAGACGGCUGGGUAGACUCUGUUCUGAAAAUCUUCAAGAUGGUCUUAACGCUUACUCCGAAAUCAUUUUAUCUUGUCAGUCGUACAGUAUCCUACAAUCAGCAUACAUCGAUUCCAAUGAUGUGCUGUAUGGGGUUUUCACAGAUGGAACUCAUUCGGCGCUGUGUUCCUACGCCAUGACUGACAUACAGGAGAGGUUCGUUGAUACUACAUGUGGCUGUGUGAUAAGCGAUGAUCCAAGCUGUAGUGGAACAGCAAUAUCCUACCUGACGACGGAUGCAAUCUGUUCCCCAAGUCCCAACACUAACCAAUCGAGGGAAUCUAUUGAGGCAAACUAUCAGUGCGGGGAUGACGAGCAAAUGCUGCUAUUCAGUUAUGCACAGGCUACUAGCUCCUUGGAGGGAAACCUACUUGGAGAAGCUCUACCGGGGGAAGAUUCAUCCAUCAUCACCUUACAGAAAGAAAAUACAACUGUUGCCUUGGUUACCACUUCAUCAACUUCGAAUACUACUCUCAGCAAGAUCCAUGUAUUUCCUGAUCAUACUGGAAGAUUAUACGAAACCGUGAACUUGGAAGUGAUAGGGAGUGUGCUGACUGACGUAUACAUCAACCAAGAAACAGAAGAACUCUUCACUCUUACCACUAAGGAGGUACUGAAACUGGCUGUCGUCAAUUGUAGCCAAUACAAGACAUUUGCUGGUUGCAUUGGUCUAAACCACGAUGGCGGGGAUCCCUUCUGUGGCUGGUGUACAUUAGAGCAAAGGUAG